GAUAUGGAAAUGUAAUAUGCGAAUAGGUAUAAAUAUAAAUCGGUAAGAAACUUUUCUUACAAAAUUUCCGUCUGAUAAUUACCUUCGUUUUACAUAUUUCAUAAAAGUAACUAAAAAUAUGGUAAGCGUUCAAACAGCGCAUAGUGGCUGAAAAGUGGCUGAAAAGUGGCUGAAAAGUGGCUGAAAAGUGGCUGAAAAGUGGCUGAAAAGUGGUACAAAUUAUUUUGUCGAAAUUAGGCGCGAGCGUUGUUUGUCUGGUCUGGUAGGUUCGCGCGAGUCCCACUACUCCUACGCACAGGGACGGGCAAAUUCUAGCGUCUUUGUAAAGUAUCUACUACAAGCAUUAAUUAUUAAACGAAUGUGUUAUUUAAAUGCGUCGUUUAAGAGUGCAUCGUAAUUGUUUAUUAGCUUCGUGCAAAUUAUAGGAAAUAGAUUUAGCUUGUUGGCUCUUACGGCGAUGAUGUCAUCGAUAAAUAAAGUAAAACAUCAAGCUUUAUUUUAGCGUUGUAAUUCUUUGGUAAAAUACUUGUUUAUUUUGACCUAAUGUACCGUAAUAUAAGAAAGGUUUUAUAAGUUUUUAAUAGUUAUUAAAUAGUUAUGAAACGUAAUAAUAACUAAAAUAAGGUUUUAUAAGAAAGAUUUCUUUUCAUUUAGCCACGAAUCUUCUCUAUCUUCUAUAUCUCGUUUAAAUAAUUCCAACAGCGUUUGAGCGUAGGUGACCGUUUAUUUCAAAAUGUUAGAAUUUGAAUUUGUUGGAAACUGCCAUAUAAUGUAAAUGAAGAUGAAAAAUUUCGUUAAAAAUUUUUAUAGGCGUAGCAUUCGUGACUUUUAGAUAUAAUUAUAUGUUAUUACGUGUAUAGAAAAAUUGUUCGUGUAACAAUGUGUUUUCUUCGACGGAAUACGUUCCUGUCUGUGCUCUGCGUAUGUAUUUUUUUUCUUUCGCCCACGGUGCCGCGCAGUCCCUAGUAUCCACGUCUACCUUAAGAAUCGUUAUUUAUGGUAAUAACGUAGUACGAGAAACGCAACCGAUACCGCUUUUAUACGUAUAUACGUGUAACACGGAGAAUUAGCUUACGAUUGAAUAUUUCAUAACGAUAUCGGCGCGAUAUCCAAUUAAUCCUUUGCUAGAUAUAAUUUUUCUACUUGCUACCGUAUACUAGACUAAUUUAUAAGUGAAAUAAUCAUUUUGAGAUGUUUAACUAUAGUUUUCGUUUUAUCGGAGAAUUUAACAAGCACGUGAGAACGCGAACAGAACAAUUUUUUAAUCCGUUGGAAAGAGAGAGUCGAUUAAUCGUAGCUUUGCUUUGACAGAACGGUUACUAUUUCAAUCGAUAACCAAAGAUCGAACAAUGAAACGAGAGUGAUCGAACGACUAAUUUAACCACUUUAAUAAGAGAAGUUGCGUUUAGGAGAUAUCGCAAACCUGUUUGCUUAUUAUUAAUUUAAUAUUUGUUAGUUUGUCUCAUUAUCGGAUUUUAUUAACCAAUAUUUGAUAUUAUAUCGGAGACGCAAGGUACUAGGAUACCACGUAAUCACACUUUUCCCGUUAUACGUUAAUUAACAAUUGCCAAUCCUAAACCAUAAACAUACGUAUAUGUGCGUAUCAAAGAAUCAUUAUAAAAGAAUAUUAAUAAUAGCGUGAGCAAUCUUGUAUCUUGAAAUCGUUUAAGAAUUAUUCGAAUGAGUAUGUGUAUAUAUAAAUAGAACAACAGCGGGAUAACAAGUCCAUAGUGACGAAACAGAACGAACCUGUUGGUGAUGUCAUACUCAUGAUUCCUGUUUAACCGCUAAGGUAGAAUCCGUAUGAUGUAUGUUUGAUAUUGGUAUCCGAUUGUUCUCCAGUCCACGUAUCUUUCAGAGACUAAACAUCGAUUAAUUGCCCCCAUUAAUUAUCCAGGUUUAUCUCGGACAAAUUAUAAUAAAAUCAUAUAUCUUCGAACGGUGUUACACUAAAGAACGAAAGUGUUAAGUAGCGAGGAAAAAUUAAAUCGAAAUUUGCAUUUACUUUUCAUAUUUUGGCGCUGUAAUAUAAUUAACAUUAUCAUGUGUAUGUAGUUUCCAACGUACCCAAUAUUCAAGAUUAUAUGAAAUUUUAUCAAACUUUUUGCUAAUUUAAAGCUAGUUCCUUUACAAUACUUAGUAUCUUUUAGUUUAUAUAUAUAUAUAGAGAGAGAGAGAAUUAUAAAAUAUGUUAAGGAUAUGUAAAAAAUGUACAAUGUACAUACGUACGUACAUAUUAAAAUAAUUAAAACGAGCGAUGAAUCUGCUACAGAAACGUGAUAAAGGAAGAUUCCUUCAUAUUCUUUAGAUGGUAAAGCUUUAUCAACAGAUUCGUUAUUUUAUUCUUAAUAAAGUGCAAAAGUAAGUUUACAGAGUGUGCAGUGGUUUUCCCAUAAAAAAAAGCAUAAAAUCGGCGAUUCCGAAUUUCUUCUGAAAUUAGAAAAAAAGUUCUUUAUUACGUAGAAAUAAUCGACAUAUAUUUGAUCUUUAUUCUGUUCCAUCCUUGUGUUAGUUCUUUGAUUGCGAUUGUCCAAGAUAUAUUUUAAAUAGAGUAUCGCACACGAGUGUAUGUAUUCUUAUGUGGUAGUCAACUGUGAUGGCCAUCGUUCUGUAUCUUAUAUGCAUGUGUUUUAACUACCGAUGAGUCAAUAGUUUUAACAUCUAAUAUCAAUGUAUGUAUAGUUCAUCAGUUGUAGGAAUAAAAGGAAGCGAUAAUAUCGACACAAUCGUGGAAUAAAGUUUCGCAAUUUUUUAAUCGAAUUUCUGUUAUGUUGUACAUGUAACGAUGAAUCUCAUAAACUAUUCAACGUGUCGAUAUUGGAAAUAUUAAAUAUAUCUUAUUAUACUCUAAAUACUAUGAUACCUCCAAAAAUAAUUUAAAAUAAUUUAAAACUAUUUAAAACAAUUUACAAAAAUACAAGAACGUGUUUAUUAACUUAUUUCGAUUAAUUAUCAUCGCGAAACAAUCUUCAUCCUGCGAUGAAAUUUCUUUACUAGAAAUUUUCAUUUCUUUCCCGGAAACAAAUCCAAUCUUUUACCGAUCAAUAUUUUAUCACAUGAUAUUUUUAAUAUAGUCGCAACUGUAUAUGCAAAUAAGAUAUCUGCAAAAACCAAAUACAUACGUACAUACUCGCACAUACACGAUUAAAAAGUAAAUAAUUUUAUAAAUUUCAUUGAAGCACUACUAAUUUCUGAAUCAAUGCCCUUUCUCUCAGUCUUAAACGGAUCUAAAUUUCUAAUACAGUUACGAGAGACAACCUGUCCUCUCUCUUGAUACGUAUGCGUCUUUCGCAUUGCAUGUCUGUGUUUGGCUGCUUUGUGUAGGUGUGACACGAAACACGGUUACAAACGAAUGAAUAUUGUGCACACGCGCAAAAUAGGUACAUAUAUGCAUGUAGAUAGUUUUCUCUGUUCGGGGCUCGCAAUAAGGGUAGAAGCGUAGAGGGCGAAUGCAGCGCUGGUGGAAGGUUGCUCUGAAAAGUGGGGAGCGUACCAGGGGCUGGAGGUGGAAAAGAAGGAACGAUUGGUAAAGUUCUGUUGAUACAAGUGCUAACACGGCAUGACUGAUAGUGUGCGUGUGUCUCUCCAGUAACUCUUACUCGCGAAGAGGAGAGCCUGGGCAAAUAUAUGUAGCGAAGUGCUAAGAAAAAGAGGGGAAAAAGGUGUGGUUGUCACUGUCACUAUACUGUAUAAACACACGCCACGAUCAACGACCAUUUCGAUUUUGCGUGCAUAAUUCCAGCGGACGUCGCAAUAUGGCUGAUCAGGUCGAAGCAAGCUGUGAAUGUGUGUGUGUGUGCGUGUGUGCGUGUGUGCGUGUGUACAUUCUUGAUGCUUACAUAUCGUACCCGUAGCGAUUCCGAAUUUAUCGUUAACGAUGUUAUUUCAUUUAUGACAAUGGCUCUUACUGAAAACCAUCAAGCAAUUGAUUACUCGUUUACCCUCGUGAUUCAUUGGAAUAAGAUACUAAAAUUAAGAGCAAUAGGAUACUGAUACUAAAAUCCUAAUUUCUUUAUAAGAUGAAACCGUAGAAAGACUGACUAUCCUCCAAUAUCGUAUAUAUAUCGAUAUAUCGUAGAAAUUAACAUUUUAGACAACUUUUUCCUAUAGGUACAAAUGCUGUACAGGCAUGGUUUUCGAAAUAUUGGCGAAAUACUGCCGGUACCACUACAGCGAACUGUCUCUGUAGUUGUGCGCCUAUGACAUCGUAUACGUAUAGCGCUAUUGGCUGCGGCCGCCGUGCGGCGGCCGGAUGAAAUAGCUCCUAACUCGAAUCUAAUUCUUAUUUUUUGUUUAUAGUUUACAUAACUUUUUGAAUCAGGUGUCACUUUAUUCGGUUACCAUGGGGUGACCAGCAACCAAUAUCAACGAAUACAUUGCCAUAGAUGCAAAGCUAUAAGCAGAGUACUCUGUAGUGGUACCGGUAGUUUUUCGCCAAUAUCUUGGAAACCAAGCGAGUUCAACCGUUAUACGCAUAGGAAAUAGUUGUUUAAAAUAUCGAUUUCUACAACAUGUCCAAAAAUGAUGGAAAUCAUAUUCUGUCUGUAACGUUAGUCUGUCAUAUUUUGAAGUGAAAUUCUUUUAAGGGCUUUUGAUUUAGUUCGACAUUGAUAAUAAAAUUUAAUUUUAGAUGGAAAUUUUUAAUUUUCAUGAUUGUUAUUUCUAUCCGAUAUGAUAUUUUUAAAGGCUCUUUAUUUCGAUGAUUAAUAAUUCUUAAUUUUGUUGGUUGUUACUUUUUGUUAAUUAGAGAGAGAUAUAAUUGAUAUAUUGAAGAAUACUUGAUAUUUCCCUCCCCCCUCCCCCCUCCUUAAGAUACUAAAUAAUCGGUAUACGUAGUAUAUGUUACUACUUAACUAAUUAUUUAAGUAUCAUUCAAAUUUUUGUCGUAUGGUAAAAAGUACAAAUAAUAUAUACAAUGAAUAGGUUGCUUUUUGUUUUAUCUUUAAGGAUUUGAUAACAAGUAAUUUGUAAAUUAAUAAAAAUUUAGUUAAUUUGCGCAGUACAUAUAAAAAGAAAGGAUCCAAUCGAUAUUACAGAAAUAUCAAUUGAAAUCUUUAAUACGAAAGUUCAAAUGAUAGAUGAUUACGAUUAUUCCUUUGCAACGUUAGCUUUACCGAUUCAGCCGCAUGAAUUUAUACGUCUGCUUAUUUUGUGCCUAAAAGAUCAGUUUCAGAUUUAAUUGUUUAUCGGUAGAUUGAAAUUUCUCGUUUUUCUUUCAUGCAUUAAUAUUACAAAUUCAGGUAAUAGUAUUUAUAUUCGUAUUAUGAAGUUAUUCUGUUAACAUUUGCUUAUAUUAUUGAUAAGCGAUUCAAUAAGGUGUCGUUAGUCAAUUUCCUUAGAUCUAUAUUUAAUGACGUACAAAUAAAUUUAAUAAUUUUGUUACAAGCCAGUAACGAAACGGUAUAUUUAAGCAUUAAGAAUAUAUCGUGUUGUAGCUUACCUCCAUUAAAGUAACUUUCAUUAAAAUAAGGAUAUAAUACGAUGUACUCGAUAAUAUCUUGUUAUAUGAAAUUUAAUAAAACAACGAUAUGUACAAUUCUUUAGAAAUUUAAAGCCUUUAUGCUUAAAACCUUUUACACUUGAAAAUCGAUCCAACGAUACAUGUGAUUUUAGGGUUAUAUGCAAACAAACAAUCAACUAAAUCUAUUUAUUUAUCAAGGAAACAGAUGAAGCGUUUGAAUUCUUUUAUUACGGAAGAAAUAUUACGCCUGCGCAAUACGCACUUCCUUAAACAACAAUAUCAUCGUCAAUUUUAACUUGCUUAUGUUGUCGUAUCUUCGUCAAAUUCAUCGCCAUUAGUCGCUUUACUUGUCACAGAGAAGUAUAUUAGAAAGUAGAGGCUUUUAACUACGUCCCUGAGUUUUACACGUCUUAUCCUUCGGUUAUGUAAAUAUCAGGUAGGUUCUAAGUUCAAAGAUAGCGAACGAAAGUUUUAGUUUUAAGAAGAAGCGAGAGUAACAAACGAGAGUUGCAAAUAGACAAAAAAUUAAACGUAACUAUGUAUCGAUAGAGACUUUAUAUUUUCUUUCCUUUCUACCUUAACGGCAAACAUUUUUUAUUCGAACGGUACAGGUAAUUUAUUUUUAGAGAUUUUGAUAAAAAUUAUUAUCGUAAGCAAAAGCUAUUUUAAAAUUAAUUGUAAAAGGAAUUGUUCCAUUUCUAUAAUGUAAUAUACGAUUCGUUUCCAAGAAUGUGCCAAUACGUACCAUGAGACGAACGACAUUCGAUAACUCGAAGAAGUCUACCAAAAUUGUAAGACUCUUAAACAUUUACGACAUCUUUCUAAUUUCGAACGUAUUUCACCGGUAACUACGUAAAUACUCGAUUAUUCCACGAUAUUUAACAUACGAGUCGUCCAGUUUCACAGGAACAUGUUGAUCAUCUUCAACAAACACUUUUAAUCCUAAACACGUAAUUUUUGUUAUCAAACGUAUGAAACGAAAAUCUAAGUGCCGGGGAAAAAAUUGUUUGUCUCGGUAAAGACGAAAUCUAAUCUGGAAGCGAACUUGACGAAAGGAUCGUGAAGUAAGUCAACGAACCCACGCAGUUGAAGAACCAAGUAUCUCUUUGGCAAGCUACGUUCCUGGCUACUAGUCUAUACGCAUACACGCGUACACGCAUACACGACGGAACUCACAGAGAAACGUUCUAUUGGGAUAGGUAGCGAAGCAGCUCUAGUUGGAGGAACAUACAGUGAGCGAGGGAGGAAACUCGGAGCGGCGAACAUGGACGGGGACGAUGGCGGCGCGGCGGUUCGUAGCAGCAGGGAAUACAAAAGGUGGCGGUGGUGGGAGUACUAGGUUGGUGGCACUAACUCGAUGGUAGGGAACGACGGAAAGCGGCGAAUGGGGUGGGGGAGGGAGAGGGAAAACGUUGGUGGUGGUGGUGGCGACUGCGUCGGGUAUCCGGCCGGGGCAGUAGUCGGCGGUGAUUCGAACGAUGGUGAGACGAACGAGCGAGCGUGAGAGAGAGAGAGAAAGAGAGUGUGUGAGUGAGUGAGAGAGAGAGAGAGAGAGAGAGAGAGAGAGAGAACGAGAAAAACGGAUGGAAUGAAAAGGCAGUCAGGUUAGCCGUGCGACGGUGGGAGAGGCCAGGGACGAGGCAAGGCAAGCGAUUUAGCUGCUGCUGGUUCGGCGAGCCCACGAGUUGGAGUGCCGUGAGAGUAGCCGAGGUCCUGUUGACCGUGCCUGCAGCGGGAGAGGCGUCAUGAAAGCGCGCCAGUUGACCGAGUGCACCUCAGCUCGGACGAAAUCGCGUAUUUGUCGUCGUUGAAGCUACCUUGCCUCUCGAUUUCUGCUUUCGUGGCAAGGAUUCGACUCGUGGGCCUGCUGCUCCUGGCUGUCACGAGUUCCCUUCGUUCCGUGUAGUCUCGUUUCACAGUGCGAAAUCUCGUUUUGCUGGUUGCUAGUUCGUUUUCACGCAGCAAGAAUCCGGGAUACGGCGACGGAUGUGUGUCGGUCGACGAUGAAACGUGUUCGAUUUCGUUAUUGCCAAGUCGUGUAUACUCGUUUCGCAGAGAAUUUCACCGUUUAACAGUGUGUGGUGCGUGUUGUGCGCGACGGAUUGAUCACGUAUGUUUUGGUUUACCUCUGACAUCGACGCCCGUCAAGUUGGUGAAGCAGGACAACAGGUUCCUGCCCGACAAAGAAAAGAGGACGUACGUGCGAUGGUUUUCGCGGUUUUCUCGUUUUCGUACGAUAUUCGUUGGAUACCUAUAUCGAACAGUAGUUGUUAUUGACAUAUUGAUUUUGUUGGUACGGUACGCUCGUGUUCUUUGACACGUCGUGAAUCGAGUUGAAUCGGAAAAAAUAUGAAAACUCGUUUAUAUCAAUCGGCAGACACGCCUAUAUCGGACGAAAGUAUAAAACGUUCUUCGAGUUUCACAUUUGAUAACCACUCGACACCGUUCCCUAGCUGGCGUCUUUCACCUUGACGUUGAAACAUCGAACGUACUGCCACGUUUCGGCUGAUAUUCUCAUCAUCGACCGGAAUCGAGAGUGACAACCGUAUGAAAUUAACCAAACGAUUUUGAUUCGUUGUUCCAACGAUCGUAUCUUCGAUUACAGCGACAUACGGGGAAACGUUUCCCUUCGAAUUUCGAAAAAAUUCCCAUUUUUCAUACGUCUUAACUUAAUUAAUUUCAUUUGGAAAUAGGAUUCGAUUCGAAAUAGAAAAAGUGCGCGAUAAGGAGAGAAACGAAGUCACGCUGGACUGGCUGGAAGAUCGAUUCAAAUUCAUUCGGCGUUCUGUGACGUUCGUUAUUUACAUAAUUGUACGACGUUAACGCAAGCUGUUUGGUAGACGAGAAGGGAAACGCGAUAGCAGAAACAAGCUAAAUAAUUUUAGCGAUUCGUAUUUUCAUAUCGUUAGCAUUUUCUUUUCACAAAGUGAAAUUACCUCGUCGUACAUUCCAUUUACUUUUAAAAGAAAGUAUUCGAUAGAAGAAAGCGUAAAAAUAAACAUGCUGAUUUAAUAAAAAUUCAUAAUCGAAUAAUACCUUUUGUCGUAAGAAAAAGAAAAGAAAAAGGAGAAGGAGAGGAAGGAAAAUAUCAAAGGAGAUUACAGGAUAUCGGAGAAAAUUCGUUCGUUUCGAGCGACUAGAUUGCUAGAUAAUAUCGAGACAAUCUCACGAUUAAUAACGGCGACACCUCAGAUUUUGUAACGCUCGGUUCGUUACGUUGUCGUUGUCUCGGAUGCAGAGGGUAGCAUCCCUCCGGGUCGUUAUUCCAUUGCACGGGCCGAAGGGCUCGGAACGAGAAGCAAUAGGAGCGCGGCGAGCAAGAAGAGUAGGAAGAAGAGCAGGAGUAGGAGGAGGAGGAGGAGGAGGAGGAGGAGGAGGAGGAGGAGAAGGAGGAAGAGGAGGAGGAGCAGGAGAAGGAGGAAGAGGAGAAGAAGGAUGAGGCUGAGUGUUAUCUAGUUGGAACUGUUUCACGUUGCACGUUUCUCGAAGAGAAAAGAUGAUAGUGCACGAUCUCGUUGUCGAACGUUACAUGCCUGUCGUCGACGAACGCAUUUAUCCGCGUGGUUCGUGCUAAUUCGAUCGGUCGUUUGGUCGAAACGGCAUGUCGUUGGUGCGAUCGUGGUUCAUCGAUUUUCUAACUUGACGUUUCGUUCUCUUGGAUUUGUAAACGAAUCCUACAACUUGCCGAAGUAGGAAGGACAGAGAGGUCGUUGCUGGUUAAUCCGAAGUUAUCUCAUAUAGCGCAUAGAGAACCGCGCAACGAUCGUUGUAAAGCGAACGGUAGAAAAUGUAUGGGAAGUAGCGGAGGCAAGAGGCAAGAGGCAAGAGGCAAGAGGCAAGAGCCAAGAGACAAGAAAGCCAAGAGGCACGCAUUCGUGACACACGGCGACACGUGGUUAUCGUGUACCGUUUGCCUACCUAUAGCGUGUACAGCGAGCUAGCCGGAACAACGACAGAGGGGCGAGGGCAGAAGGAGAGGAGCGUUCCGGUUAGCCAAACUCGAGUCAGCUUGCCGAUGGAUAUGGCAGCUGUCGUUCCCCUGGUUGUUUCUCCACGAUUCCAUCUCGCUCGACAAGCCUAUCGUCGGCAUCGUGCUACCCGCGAAUCGAGCGAACAGGUAUCGUCGCAAGGUGUUGUCCAGGCCGGGAUACGCGACUCCUCGUGAUAGCAGGUACGCGGCUUGCGAAUCGCGGCAAUCCACAGUGCGUGAUCGAUCGAUCGACAGACACCACACGAACGUUUCUCGCGCGCGUUCUUAGUGACGGCCAAAGUGUUUGCCGACAGUGUGCGUGAUAUCGUGAGUUUCGGUGAAUCGAUCGUCGCGUGCAAGUAGGCCAGAGGAGAAGAGAAAGGGGGAGAAUACCGUCGAUCGAAAGAAGAAAGCUUCGAACUGCGAACAGAAGAUCGAGAAUCGCGCGUAAUUCUAUAUAUCUUGAUAACUGUGCUGUAUGAUUUCGUCAAGGAUGAAGGACGUGGCCGUCGAUUCUCCGCGACCGAUUUCCAGGCUUCGCGGCAACCUUCUUCUGCUUCUGACGUUACUCGCAGAGGUCACGUAUUCGGCGGAUCUCGCAAUUGAGAUACCAGGAAACUUGAGUCAAGGCGGUUCCUGGUAUCGUUUAGACUACAGUCCUGCCGUUGGUUAUCCGCCACCAAAUACCACCAUAGCCGCUACCGACAUCGGCGAUGUGAUCAAAUUCAAGGACGGACUUCCUGGCACUAGAUACGAAUUUUGGUUAUACUAUAGCAAUAGCACGCUUCACGAUUGGCUGACAUGGACUGCGUCGAUAACUACAGCCCCGGAUCCGCCAUCGAACCUCACGGUCUCGGUGCGAAAUGGAAAGACGGCGAUAGUUUAUUGGGCGCCACCAGCCCAAGGCAAUUAUUCCGGUUUUCGGUUAAGGGUGCAAAGUUUCAGCGACACCGGAAAUCCAAAAACCAGCGUCAUUCCUGCGGACGCGGUUCCCUAUGUGCUGCGCGAUCUCAUCCCUGGGGCUACGUAUUCUCUUCAGCUUUUCACCGUAUUAGACACCAAAGAAAGCGUGGCGUACACCAGCAGGAAUUUCACCACUAAACCCAAUACACCGGGCAAGUUUAUCGUGUGGUUUAGGAACGAGACGACUUUGCUAGUCCUCUGGCAACCGCCCUAUCCUGCUGGCAUUUACACCCAUUACAAAGUUAGUAUAGAUCCCGCUGAUGCCAUAGAAUCCGUUCUUUACGUGGAGAAAGAAGGAGAACCUCCUGGGCCUGCACAGGCUGCUUUCAAAGGACUCGUCCCUGGCAGAGCUUACAAUAUCUCCGUUCAAACGGUGUCAGAGGACGAAACCUCCGCUCCCACGACUGCUCAGUAUCGAACGGUGCCAUUACGUCCCCUCAACGUUACGUUCGACAAGUCUUCCAUAACGUCCACUUCCUUUCGCGUUUUCUGGAAUCGGCCCGAAGGAAACUCCGAAUUUGACAAGUAUCAGAUAUCUUUGGGAGGUAACAGAAGACUAGCGCCGGUUACCAGGAACAGAGACGACGAGAGCAAAUGGGAAUUCAAAGAUUUAGAGCCGGGCAAAACUUACCAGGUGGUUGUGAAGACAGUCUCGGGAAAGGUUACCAGUUGGCCAGCUAACGGAGACGUUACUUUAAAACCGUUGCCCGUGCGGGAUCUUCGCACUGUCAUCGACGAAAAAACCGGCAUGGUCGAAGUUUCUUGGCAUCCUGAAAAUUCAAGUACUCAGGAUAGCUAUAAGCUUCAGUAUCACGAAGUGGAAACUACGAUCGGCGGCGAUAGCAAUAUGUUAACAACUGAUAAGACCAAGGUUACGUUAGAAGCUUUAUUACCCGGCAGAAACUAUUCGAUAAUCGUUCAGGCGAUUAGUAAUAAAAUCGAAUCGAACGAGACUGUGUUAUAUCAAGUCACACGACCCUCGAGUCCCAUAAUCGAGGAUCUGAGGCCAACCGAGAUGGGAUUGAAUAUCUCAUGGAAGAGCGACGUUAAUUCGAGACAGGAGAAAUUUGAAGUAACGCACAAUAGGAACGAUACCGGGGAGAGCGCGACUACGUUAACCACGGAAUCUCAUAUAGUCCUGGAAGACCUUUAUCCCGGUGCAGCGUACGAAGUUAAAGUUUUCGCCAUUAGCCACGGUCUAAGGAGCGAACCACACGAUUAUCUUCAAGCCGUCUUGCCUCACCCACCAAAGAAUUUAAGCAUCGAGAAGGUAACGAGCAACACGGUUGUCGUGCAUUGGGAGGCACCGACCGAUUCGUUGUAUUCCGAAUUUUCGAUACGCUAUCGAACGGAGGAUGAUCCAAGAUGGGUAAAAUUGCCCAGCGUUCGAGAAACGGAAGCGGAAGUGGCGGAUAUGACCCCAGGAGAGAAAUACACGAUUCAAGUGAAUACCGUGAGUUACGGAGUCGAAAGUCUCUAUCCCCUUCAAGUGAAUCAUACAGUUCGACCCAAUCCGGUACUUAACAUCACCCCGAUCAUCGAUUCAACGAACGUGACUCUAGAAUGGCCAAGACCAGAGGGUAGAAUCGAAACUUACGUGAUAAGAUGGUGGCCAGUCGAAAACCCUCAAGACAUACGUAGCAAAAACGUCACAGAGAGUAACGACGUGACUAGCGUUCUUUUCGAAGAAAAUUCAGUGCAAAGGGUGCUUGUUGGCGAUCUGAUGCCAGGUGUUCAAUAUUCCUUUGUAAUCUACACGGUCUCUUAUAAUCUAUUCAGCGAUAUCACCAAUCUAACAACUAGAACAAUGCCGCUGAUCCAAUCGGAAGUCGUUGUGGUGGUCGAUCAGGAUCAGCCCGACUCGUUAACAUUGAGAUACACACGGACCCCCGUUCAGUCAUCCAAGUUCGAUUUGUAUCGAUUUCGGAUUAGCGACGAGAACAACACGACGAAGGAGCGGAUGGUCGACGACAUCGACACCAAGGUGACGUUCACGGGCCUUAUACCUGGUAAACUGUACAACGUCACAGUUUGGACUGUCAGCGAUAACGUGGAGAGCAGACCUUUGCUUAGGCAGGAUCGACUUUAUCCCGAACCAGUCACGUCCAUUCAAGCGAUAGAGGUGAACGAUACAAGAAUUACGUUAACCUGGGAUAUUCCGCGUGGACAGUACGACGCGUUCGAAGUUCAAUAUAUAAACACAGAGGAAAAUUAUAUUCAAAAUGUCACGAGCACGAAUUUAAUAACCAUCUCGGAUUUGAAGCCGCACAGAAAUUAUACUUUUACGUUGGUAGUACGUUCCGGUACGGCGUCCUCUUAUUUGAGAAUAUCGAAUCCCGUGAGCGCAAGUUUUACAACAAGCGAAUCUUAUCCUGGCAAGGUGGAAAAGUUUCAUCCUACGGAUAUUCAGCCUAGCGAUAUUAGUUUCGAGUGGUCGUUACCUAGUCAGGAACAAAAUGGAAUCAUUAGAAAAUAUACGAUCACGUAUGGGCUGGAGGGUUCGGCUCAUACUCAAAUGCAGGACUUCAAGCCAAACGAGUAUCGCGGCAUCGUCAAGUCUCUCAUACCUGGAAAAACGUACAUCUUUCGGAUUCAAGCGCAAACGAGGAUCGGCUUUGGUCCCGAGGCGGUGUGGAAGCAGAAAAUGCCGAUUCUGGCACCGCCGAAACCGUCCACUCAAGUAGUGCCAACCGAAGUGUGCAGGAGCAGUACCACGAUACAAAUACGGUUCCGGAAGAACUAUUUCAGCGAGCAGAAUGGCGCGGUUACGUCUUACACGAUCAUCGUGGCCGAAGAUGACAGCAAGAACGCCUCUGGUUUGGAAAUGCCCAGCUGGAGGGAUGUCCAGGCGUACAGCAUCUGGCCACCGUAUCAGGUGAUGGAACCUUACUAUCCUUUCAAAAACGGCUCCGUGGAGGAUUUCACGAUCGGUAGCGAGAAUUGCGACAACAAGAUUGGAUACUGUAACGGGCCAUUGAAGUCUGGAUCCACGUACAGAGUAAAAGUUCGAGCGUUCACCGCGCCGGACAAAUUCACGGACACCAGUUACAGUUUUCCAAUUCAAACAGGAUUGCUGCUGGCAGAUAAGGACAAUACGGCUAUUAUAGUUGGUGUCACGGUUCCAAUAGUACUCUUAUUGACCUUAUUGGGCAUCGGACUGCUGGUGAGGCGAAGAAGAAGUCAAGGACGUAAAACGACUGAAACGAGGACCACCGACAACUUGUCUUUGCCAGAUAGCGUGAUCGACACUAGUCGGCCAAUUAAGAUAGAAGAUUUUUCGGAACAUUAUCGCACGAUGUCGGCGGAUUCCGACUUCCGUUUUUCGGAAGAAUUCGAAGAACUGAAGCACGUCGGAAGGGACCAACCGUGCACAGCUGCAGAUUUACCGUGCAACAGGCCAAAGAAUCGUUUCACAAAUAUUUUACCUUACGAUCACAGCAGAUUUAAGCUGCAACCUGUGGACGACGAAGAGGGUUCUGAUUAUAUUAACGCCAAUUACGUUCCCGGUCACAAUUCUCCAAGAGAAUUCAUCGUCACACAAGGACCUUUACACUCGACUCGCGACGAUUUCUGGAGAAUGGUGUGGGAAAGUAACAGCAGAGCCAUCGUAAUGUUAACAAGAUGUAUCGAAAAGGGCAGAGAAAAAUGUGAUCACUAUUGGCCUAUGGAUACCCAUCCCGUUUAUUACGGAGACAUUUGCGUCACGAUAUUAAACGAAACGCAUUAUCCCGAUUGGAGUAUCACGGAAUUCAUGUUGUGCAGAGGAGACGUGAAGAGGGUCAUUCAGCACUUCCAUUUCACAACGUGGCCAGACUUCGGUGUUCCAAGUCCGCCUCAAACGUUAGCCAGAUUCGUUCGGGCGUUCAGAGAGAGAGUUAGGCCAGAUCAAAGGCCUAUCGUCGUCCAUUGCAGCGCAGGGGUUGGUCGCAGCGGUACGUUCAUCACCUUGGACAGAAUACUUCAACAGAUUUUGGUAUCGAAGUACGUCGACAUCUUUGGAAUAGUCUGGGCAAUGAGAAAGGAGCGUGUUUGGAUGGUCCAAACGGAACAACAGUACAUUUGUAUACAUCAGUGUCUUCUGGCAGUGCUGGAAGGUCAAGAUAUGACAGGGCCACCACGGGAGAUUCACGACAACCAAGGUUUCGAAGGCAAGAAUCGAAGCUCCGUUGAAAACACAAAGAGUUCUGCUGAGGAUGAAAAGGAAAGGUGACCCUCGAACUGCGAUUCCGGCGUCGAUGACGACGAAGGAAUAGCAGAAUCAGGAAUGUGAUGUUCGGAUACCUCGUCUCAUGCAGGAACACGAGGAUAUUUUAGAGGUAUUUUGAAGAGGUGCAGCGCACCGUACGAAGAAUAGUAUUACGUGUUAUCUAAAGCGUGAAAAUGGUAAUGAAAGCGAGAGUGUAAAAGCGAAGAAUAAUCGUCGACCGGAUGGUUUUCGUUCGGUUCGUUUCGAUCGAUAGUCGAUAGUCGAUAGUCGAUAGUUAUGAAAGUUAAUUCGGUAAUAUGAUAGCACGAAGCCAUACGAUGCUUGUAAACGUGCUGUAAAGGAGAAAACUGAUUAAUCAGCGCUGGACGUUAAAAGAAGGAUGACGCGUGUUUCCUUCUUUGGCGACGACUCGCGACUUUGCUUGGU